AUGGCGGGAGGAGAAAAGGGUCAUGCGAUUGGGAUUGAUCUAGGGACGACGUACUCUUGCGUAGCAGUUUGGCAGAACGAUCAUGUGGAAAUCAUAGUGAAUGAUCAGGGCAACAGGACAACUCCAUCCUAUGUUGCCUUCAAUGAUACUGAGCGUUUGGUUGGUGAUGCAGCUUUUAACCAGGUCAUCAAGAACCCCAUCAACUCUGUAUUUGAUGCAAAGCGGUUAAUAGGUAGGAAGUUCAGUGACGACUCUGUUCAAAAUGAUAUGAAGCUCUGGCCAUUCAAGGUCAUUGAAGGUGUUGAUGGGAAGCCUAUGAUUGUGGUCUCCCAUGAGGGUCAGGAGAAACAUUUUGCUGCUGAAGAAAUCUCCUCCAUGGUUUUGGCAAAGAUGCGGGAGACUGCUGAGGAGUUCCUUGACUCAACAGUCAAAAAUGCGGUUAUCACAGUGCCUGCUUACUUCAGUGACUCGCAGCGCCAGGCUACAAGAAAUGCAUGUGAGUUUGCAGGUCUAAAUGUGAUGCGGAUUAUCAAUGAACCAACAGCUGCAGCAAUUGCUUAUGGCCUUGAAAGAAAGGCUGGUUGGUAUAGCAAGAGAAAUGUGAUGAUAUUUGAUUUGGGAGGUGGAACUUUAGAUGUGUCACUGGUUACCAUAAGCACCGGUGAUUUUGAAGUGAAAGCCACGGCUGGAGACACUCACCUUGGUGGUGAAGACUUUUAUAACAGAAUGGUGGAUUUCUGUGCUGCGGAAUUUAAGAGGAAGCAUGACUUGGAUGUGAGUGGAAACGCGAGAGCUCUUAGGAGGCUAAGAAAUGCUUGUGAGAAGGCGAAGAGGAGACUUUCAUUUACAUCUUCAGUGGAUGUUGAAAUUGAUUGUUUGGAACAGGGCAUUGAUUUGUAUAUGACUAUUUCCCGUGCCAAAUUUGAACAACUGAACAUGGAUUUCUUCAACAAGUGUGUGGAGCCUGUGGAGAAGUGUAUAAGAGACGCUAACAUGGACAUAAGCCAAAUUGAUGAUGUUGUUCUCGCCGGUGGAUCUUCUAGAAUUCCCAAAGUGCAGCAAUUGUUGCAAGAUGUCUUCAAGGGAAAAAAGCUAUGCAAGAGCAUUAAUCCAGAUGAGGCAAUAGCAUAUGGUGCAGCUGUUCAAGCUGCAAUCUUGAGCGGGAAUGGGAAUGGGAAGCUUCACGACUUUACUCUCUUGGAUGUCACACCUAUGUCACUUGGAGUAGAAGUAGGAACUAAUAAUGUCAUGCAUUUUGUUAUUCAAAGAAACACCAGAAUUCCGUUAAAGAAGAAUACGACACUAUUUACCCAAUUUGACAACCAGAGUGUAUGUUGUUUCCCAAUUUUUGAAGGUGAGAGUGAAAGCACUUUGAAUAAUAACCUUUUGGGUAAAUUCAGGCUUGUGGACCUUCCUUUAGGUCCUGAGGGUCAUCCAUUCGACGUUUGGUUUGAAAUUGAUGAGAAUGGUAUCUUAAGUGUCUCUGCUGAGGACAAGUCCACUGGCCAGAAGAAAGGGAUUACAAUUGCGAGUGACAGAAGCAAUUGUUCCAACUGAGGUAUGAUAGAAAGGGAGCGACCUUUUUUCAUCAGUUCACUCCAAGCUUGAUUAUGAGCUUUUAUUUUUCUCUGACGUAUGGAAUUAUCUGGUUGGUUUUGCUUGAUAUGAUCUCUGUUUGAAUAUUUCAAUCACUUGUCAAUGUACUCCUGAUGUUUGAUUAAUGUUUCGC